AUGGAAGCGAGAUUAGAUAUAGAGAAAGACGAAAAGGGAAAGCUCGUGGAUGCCACAAAGUUUAGAAGUUUGAUUGGUAGUCUUAGAUAUCUGCUACAUACUCGUCCGGACCUGAGCUACUCGGUUGGCGUCAUCAGCCGUUUCAUGCAAGAGCCAAAAGAAAGUCAUUUAAAAGUGUUGAAACAUAUACUACGUUACGUGAAAGGUACGUUAAAUUUCGGUUUGAAAUAUAAACGAGGGAGAAUCUCGAGUAUAGUGGGAUAUAGCGACAGUAGCCAUUCGACGGAUCAAAGUGAUGGAAAGAGCACGACUGGAAUGGUGUUUUAUCUAGGAGACUCGAUUGUAUCUUGGAAUUCUCAAAAACAAAAGACGGUUUCUUUAUCGUCUUGUGAAUCGGAAUUCAUGGCUGCGACGGCAACAUCAUGUCAAGCAAUCUGGCUUCGUGGGUUGUUAAGUGAAAUUACAGGUUCGGAAGAAAAAGUGGUGUUAUUACGGGUCGAUAACCGUUCAGCGAUAGCUUUAAUGAAAAACCCGGUGUUUCAUGGGCGUAGCAAAUACAUUAACACUAGAUAUCAUUUUAUUCGUGAAAGUAUUGAAAGACGGGAAGUUGGGGUUGAACAUGUUAGUGGUGAAGAACAAAAGGCAAAUAUUUUUGACGAAAGCGUUGCCUAA